AUGGAUAACAGGGAGAGAUAUCAGAAGUAUAAAGAUAGACUGUCUAUUCAAUUGGAUAGUCGGCAAAAUCCAUCAACGUUGAGUUCCAAACUAAAAAAUAUAUUCACAUCAUGGAAUAAAUCAGACGCUGACAAGGAUGUUUCUUUAGAUAGCAACGCAUCAAAUGUCACCAAGACCUCUUCUCAACCGGAACCCAAAUUCUUGGGCUCGCUGACAUUCAAGUUGCCUGGUUCCUUUCAUAUUCACCAUGAUAUUUCUACAGCACACGCCCAGUCAUCACAACAACCGCCUGCAAUUAAUUCAUCAUCAUCAUCAUCAAUUGUCAUCGAUAAAGAUGAAACAACUGAGAAUCCCAAUGACAUUCUAUCAGCAUUUUUUAAAGAAAAAGGAAAUAGAAAGCUCACUGACGUGGAAUAUGAAGGGGUUGUGGCAUUAAUGUCGAAGUCUAGAGCAGGCACCCCAUACAAACGAGAGUUUGCCGAAUUGAGCUUCAGUAACGCCGAACCCUCUUUGAAGAGAAGACACUUGGGUAAUGACACAACACUUGUGGGAAACGAGACUUCAAUACUUGGAUCAACACCAACAAAGCAGAAAAGUCUCAAGAUAAAUGGAAAUACCACCUUGCAUACACCAGGUUACACCCCCAAGUAUAACAGCGUUUAUAACGAUACAUUUGAAAGAUCGUACCUGGUAAUAAACAACACAACAGGGGGGAAUUUUUCCCUCUCCACAAGGAGAGCUAAUUUGAGAUCGAGACGACCAGCACCAUACAAAAGUAGAAUUAAAAGCUCCAUUCCAUCCAGGACAGUUAGUGACAAUAAAACUUUGACCAAUGCAGACAUCCUGAAUGCCAAUUUGACAAACACUACUACCGAGAAAAUUCGUAAUUCAAAGUCCCCUAGCAAAACGGCACAAACAUUGUUGGGCAUUUUGGAUGGCAAGGGUGAGAAUGAUGAAACCAGCCGCGAUUCGCAGCAACAACAGCACGACAAGCUAAAAUUGUUCAUCAAUCCGUAUGGCUCUGGAUCUGAAAAGAAAAACAGAAAGGGAGUGAAAACCCCCUCCACAGCUUCAAACGUCACAGCUCUGACCAUCAGUAAAACGAUAUCGUACAGCAAAGCGGGGCCUUUGUCUAAGGGAGGUGUGCCUGAAAGAGAAAGUGACGCACAGCAUGACAGUUCCUCUGCUGGCAAUGACCAGAAAUUGGACGGUACACAAAAGCCUCCUGAACAGCAGACUAAAACCAACUUCAAUGGCAUGGAUAAACCAAAAAGCUCUAUUCAAACUACAGACACUUUAGCCGCUGAUUUAACUUCAUUCACAAAGCCUGCUGCUGAUCAACUGAAAGCAAAGUCAAAGGUGCCCCUUUUUUCAAAAGGCUUUGAACAACCAUUAGCUCUGAAUUUCAACACAGAUAAUCAAGGAGCCUCCGGAGCAAUGAAUGGAGUAGAUUUAUCAAAGAAUGAUGGUGCUACAAAUUUUACUCAAAUAAAGGUGCCAUUUACAAAGCUGGAGCCAUCGAGGUUCAACAGUGGACCAAAUGGAGAAGAAAUCCGUUCGAGUAAUUGGAGUAGUACCAAUUUUCAUCCAAUUUAUGGCAAAGAAGACGGUAAAACACCAGAGGGAAAAGUACCCAAAACAAACCAAGUUGCUGGCGCGUCAUUCCCUAGCAUCAGAAGCAACCAUUUAGAUACUAAGAAUGAAGUUAACAAUGCCAACCAAUUAAAUGGUGCAAGUCAUGAAGCCUCUGUGCCGAAGUUUAGCUUUCCUUCACCGCAACUUGUCAUGUAUGACUUUGACGACGCAGAGGUUAACAAAUACAAAUCCUUGUUUAGCUUUUAA